UUAAUUAAUUUUCUAAAAAUUAUGAGCAAAGAUGAUACCGAUGAUAAUAGAGAUAGUAAUGACAAUGACGGAAUUCUUUCAUUUCAAGGACAACAAUUAAAAUUAAACACAGAAGAGGAUGGGGAAAAGAUAGCUGAAAAGAUUCGUGAUUUCCCCAGAUUAGUUACUUUUGAAAUGCGAGGAAAUACUCUUGGAUUUAAUGCAACACUUCCAAUUGCUGAAGCACUCGAGACGCAUCCUACUUUAAAAAGAGCUUUGUGGAGUGAUAUGUUUACUGGAAGGUUAAAGGAGGAAAUACCCAAAACUUUGAAAUGUCUUUGUGAUUCGGUUGGUUUAAGUGGAGCUAGGCUUAAAGAAUUGGAUUUAAGCGAUAAUGCAAUUGGACCAAUGGCUGUGCCGGGAAUUAAAGAAUUCCUCGCUGGCGAAUCUUCUUUUGAACUCGAAAUUCUUAAAUUAAAUAAUUGCGGGCUUGGAAUUGCUGGAAAGACAAUUGCUCAAAGCCUCAUAGAAUGUCACAAACAAUCAGUUCGUAACGAAACUCCUCUUCAAUUGAAAGUAUUUAUUGCUGGCCGUAAUCGAUUAGAAUAUGAAUCUACAACAGCUUUAGCAGAGGCAUUUAAAGUAAUUGGAACUUUAGAGGAAAUUUCAAUGCCCCAAAAUGGAAUUAGAGCUGAAGGAAUAAUUAAAUUAGCAGAAGCUAUAAAAGAGAAUCGAUCUUUAAAAAAACUUAAUUUGGGUGACAAUACUUUUGGAAAUUCUGGAGCAAUUGGAAUGGCUGGGGUUUUGAAGGAUUUGACACAACUUGAAGUUUUGGACUUUAGUGACUGUCUUUGUAGAGAUAAAGGGUCAAUGGCUAUUGCCGACAGUUUAGCUGCCUCUAAUUGUCCAUUAAAAGAAUUAAAUUUAUCUGGGGGAGAAAUAACUACAGAUGCUGCCAAAAAUAUUGUUAAAACUCUUCACACCCUUACAAGCCUAAAAUCUCUUAAAAUUGGUGUAAAUUGUUUUGGAUCAGAAUUUUCUUCAUUUGUUGAUUUUGUUGAACCCUUUGGAUUUGUUGACCCUGGAACUGAAAGUGACGAUCAAGGCACUUUAAGUGAAGUUUCUGAAGAGGAAGAAGAAGAGGAAGAUGACUGA